AUGCUGUCUCUAGACUUUUUGGAUGAUGUGCCACAGAUGAACAAGCAGCAGCUCUGUUAUCAAGUCCUAAAUUUCAGAAUGAUUGUCUCAUCGGCGCUAAUGAUCUGGAAGGGGUUAAUGGUAAUAACUGGGAGUGAAAGUCCAAUUGUAGUGCUGCUCAGUGGCAGCAUGGAACCCGCAUUUCAUAGGGGAGAUCUUCUCUUUCUAACAAAUCGAGUUGAAGAUCCCAUACAAGUGGGAGAAACUGCUGUUUUAAGGAUAGAAGGAAGAAGGAUUCUUAUAGUUCACCGAGUCUUGAAGAUUCAUGAAAAACAAAAUGGGCAUAUCAAGUUUUUGACCAAAGGAGAUAAUAAUGCGGUUGAUGACCCAGGCCUCUAUAAACAAGAACAACAUUCGCUAGAGAAAAAAGAUGUCAUGGGGAGAGCCAGGGGAUUUUUCUUUAUGAAGUGCUAUUUUUGCUGGGUUUAUUUGUGA